AUCCAGAAAACAAGCCAGGUUGCGGGAGUGCGUCGUGUCUGAACCGUGUACCCUGUGUGUGCAUGCCAACGCAUCUUGCCGACUCUGCAGAAACCUUUGAUCGUGUAAAGGUUGUAUCGUUGUAUGCUCGCUCGUUUUGAAGCUUGAUAAUGGGAAGAAUACCCGAAACAAUUCUCCUUUUCGACGUGGAUGGGACGCUUACGAAAAGCCGGCAGUUGAUCACGCGAGAAAUGUUUGACUUCCUACGUGAUGUUAUGAGCGAUGUUGCUGUUGCCCUGGUUGGUGGUUCGGACCUUUGCAAAAUAGAAGAGCAAAUGGGUGGUGCGACCGCGAUUGAAGAAUUCGACUACGUCUUCGCCGAGAACGGACUGGUGUCCCUGCGAAAAGGGAAGGAGUUCGCUAGAGAAAGUCUGCUGCACUACGUUGGUGAAGAAAAACUGCAGGAGUUCAUUAACUUUUGUCUCCACUACAUAGCAGACCUCAAGCUGCCUCAGAAACGUGGCACAUUUGUGGAGUUCAGAAACGGCAUGAUAAAUAUUUCGCCAAUUGGCAGGAAUUGCAGUCAGACCGAACGGGAGAACUUCGAGAAAUACGAUCACGAGCAUCAAGUGAGACCUGCUUUUGUAAAGGCAUUGCGCGAGAGGUUCGCUCACAUCGAGUUCCAGUACUCUAUCGGGGGACAGAUCAGUUUCGACGUUUUUCCCAAAGGGUGGGACAAGACGUAUUGUUUGCAACACCUCCUGAAGGAUGGUUAUAAAGUCAUUCAUUUUUUCGGCGACAAGACCUGGCAGGGGGGCAACGACCAUGAAAUUUUCGUCGAUCCACGUACUAUUGGACAUUCUGUCAAGUCUCCAGAUGACACUAAGGCUCAAGUUCAGAAGUUACUAACAGACCUCAAGAAAAACUAGAGCAGAAGCUGCACUCGUUUUCAACGAAAGAGGAAACAAGGAACCUUUGUAAUACUGACAAGUUAUGUUUCAUUAAAUAAUCGAAAUGAA